AAAUGAUCAAAGAAGGAAGCAAAGCUAGCUUGGCCUUGAAGAGAAGAACAUCUCCAAUGGCAUCUAAGUUAAAUAUUGUUUAAAUAUUGGAAAAAGGGGAAAAAAAAACACUUAUAAAUAAAUCAAAAGAUAAAAAAUUUAGCAAAGGCAAAAAAAGUAGCUUAGGCUCUGUAAUAAUUUAGGAACAAAGAGCAGUUGAGUGCAGUAGUUAGUAUGUCUUUUAAAAACAAGCAAAGUUCCAAUCUUUAAUCUUUCUUACAUCAAAACACACAGUCUCUCUUAUAUGCUUUCUCUCUCUCUAGCCUUAUAGGUUCUCUUUAUAUAUAUAUAUAUAUAUAUUAAAGGUUGGAAUUUGAUGCUUUGUUUGGUACAAGUGCCAAGUUGGUGAAUUUGGUUUCCCUCAGGUGGAAUUUUAAGCUUAGCAAACAUUUGAUGCUUUUAGAGGUAACCAUAAAAAAUACCCAAUUUAGGGGAACUAUGAAUUUAGACUCUGCCCCCCUCAUUUCAGUUCUUGCAUAAUUCAAAGUUAGGGGAAAAAAAUUGGAUGCUUUGAUAAUAGUCUCUCAAAAAAGGGGUUUUUUUUCCCUUUUCUUUGUUAUUGGAGAGUGUUUUAGGGUCUUGAUUUACUUUGCUCUCAUCAUCUUUGUACUAGUUCUUGUAAAAUUCAUUCAUUUAUGAUAUUAUCAUCAAAUUUAGAAUCUGGGUUUCUUGUAUUUUCUCAUUUUUUUAGGUUGUUUUUACCUUAGUUUGAUCUUCGUAAAGCAUUGGUCUUUAUCUAGGAUCUGGUUUUUUAAAAAUUCAAUCUUUUUUUGUUUGUCUUACAGAAGAGUAGAUUUUGAUCCUUGGGGGGAACUUUUGAAAGAGAAGAGGUAAACAAUUUAGUCCCUGUGAGAUUCCAUGGCUGAUGCAUUGGAUUUGGUCCUUUUUUACUUUAACAUCCUCUUAGUUCUAUAAAGCUACCAACAUUAUAUUUUGUUUUCCUUGGUCAAAGCAACUUGGUUCAGGUCUAGGUUAGCUUAGAAUUUGCGGGUGUUGUUAGGGUUGGAACUUAGAGCUAUGGCUAGUGAUGGUAAUGAGGAUUUAGGGUUUAAACACCAUAGCCUUAUGAAUACUAACAACCCUUUGUGUGACAAAGUUGAUGGAAUGGCAUUGAGUUCGAUGUAUAAUACCAAGUCUUCGAAUUCAUCGGAUCCUUUCUUUGGUUCCGGUUGGGAUCCGAUCGUUUCGUUGAAUCAAAGUGAAAGCCUUGGAGGUGGUUCUUCAAUGGUUUCUCAUAGUGGAUUUGCCAAUUCUCAUUACCCUCUCCUAAUGGAGAAUCAGGGUAUUUGUGGGACUUCCCAUUUUUCCCAGUAUCAAUCCGAUCCGAGUUUCGUUGAGUUGGUUCCGAAGAUCCAAGGAUUUGGUUGUGGGAAUUUGUCGGAAAUGGUUGGUCCGAUGAGCUUACCACAUUGUACCCAGGGUUAUGCUAUGAAUCAUGAGGGUGGCAUUGAAAGGGCUUCGACAAAUAGUACGCAAUCUCGUGAUGAUCGUCAAAUUUCAGAGGAGGGUGUUGUUGGUGCUUCACCGAAUAGGAAGUGUCGAAAACGAGUUCAUGAAGCAAACCAGAAUGCUGAUGAAGAGCUGAAAAAGGAUCCUUCAGGAGAAAGCUGUGAUGUUCAGAAAGAACAUGAUUCCAAGAAACAGAAAACCGAACAAAAUGCAACUGCUAAUUCACGCGGUAAACAAGUUGUGAAACAAGCUAAAGACAGUUCUCAAACCGGAGAAGCUCCUAAAGAAAAUUACAUCCAUGUUAGAGCUCGAAGGGGCCAGGCUACAAACAGUCACAGCUUGGCAGAAAGGGUGAGAAGGGAAAAGAUAAGUGAGAGGAUGAAAUUGCUUCAAGAACUUGUACCGGGAUGCAAUAAGAUUACUGGGAAAGCUGUAAUGCUUGAUGAGAUAAUCAACUAUGUCCAGUCACUGCAACAACAGGUUGAGUUUUUGUCAAUGAAACUUGCCACUGUCAACCCGGAGCUGAACAUCGAUUUAGAGAGAAUUCUAUCAAAAGAGAUUCUUCAUUCGCGAGGCGGAAAUGCAGCAGUUGUCGGGUUCAAUCCCGGGAUAAACUUGUCUCACCCUUUCUCCUCCGGUAUCUUUCCCGGAACAAUCUCGGGCAUCCCAAACACAAAUCCGCAAUUCCCUCCCUUUCCACCUCAGACUGUACUAGACAAUGAGCUUCAAAAUCUUUUUCAAAUGGGAUUCGACUCAAGUUCAGCCAUGGACAGUUUGGGACCAAUUGGUCGGUUAAAACCGGGGCUUUGAUAUAUCGAAGAAGUUCAAAUAAGAAAAAAAAGGCUUAAUUCCUUCUAACCAAGCAUUGAAAUGUUUUCAAGUUGACUGCAGAUUUUAAACUUAUAUGGGAAAAGCGAAUUGAAGAACAAAAAAAUUGUUCAGGUGUAUAGGUGGGUUUUUUUUUUUUUUAACUGUUAAAAGUUAUUUUCCUAAUUUUUAGACAAGGGAAAGAUGAAAUGUCGGAAUUACAGAUGAUGUAUAUCGGAUGUUGGAAUUUUUUUUGUUUUGGUAAUUGGUAUUUUGUAGGGGGUUUGAUGGUUGUUUUUGAAAGCUUGGGUAAUUGUUUUAAGAAAAUUUUCUUGUAAACAAGUUCAUUUUUCCUCUGCAAAUUUUCUUGGUAACCAAACAUGUUUUUGGUUAGUCCAUUGGAUAA